CGUGACUUAAGCCGGUACUUGUGUCUGGCAGCUGCGCUGGAGUCGAGCUGGCAACCUCAGCCACGACGGCAGGUAAACGGAAGUAGUAGACUGGGUCCCCCUCGUUUCUGCUACUGGUUACGAACUCCCCUCAGACAAGCACACUUAGUGGGCACCACCUGUUAACCAACAGAAUUUCGAGUAUGAUGCGGGGUUCGCGUGACGAGCACAUGACUUUAGUGCAUCUACCAUUCCCGCCGGAGAAACUGACAUUUUUUAAAAAAAGAAGCUGAAGAAUUGCCCACUUUUUCGUGGGGGCUCCGCACAUAUUAACGGACGAGAUAGGAUCUAGAGGAGCCAUGGUCGAUCACAUCCGUCCGUUUGUUCCUUUGCGGUGUGCAAAACCCAGAGACUGACUUCGUCACUAUAAAUAUACCCACUCGCUUCGCCUCUUGGUCAUUCGUCUCCUUCCUCCUCCUCCUCCUCCUCCUCCUCCUCCUUCCACUCACUGCGAGAGAUGGCGAGCUCACAGAUCGCGAUCACCGUGAAGCAGAUCUCCAACGGCACCGGAAGGAGGAAGACGCGCAUGCACCGGCUCAUCGAGGAGGAGGGCAUUGUGCUGAUGCCCGGGAUCUAUGAUGCGCUCUCCGCAGCCAUCCUCCAGAGCUUGGGUUUCAAGGCCGGCUUCAUCUCCGGAUACGCCGUCUCCGCCUCCCGCUUCGGCAUGCCCGACAUCGGCCUCCUCACCCCGCCGGAGAUGGCAGACGCGGCUCGAGCAAUCUGCGCAGCAGCUCCUAAUGUUGCAUUCAUCGUCGAUGCCGAUACCGGAGGUGGCAAUGCCCUCAAUGUACAAAGGACUGUUAGGGAUAUAAUUGCUACUGGUGCUGCUGGUUUAUUCCUCGAGGAUCAAGUUUGGCCAAAGAAGUGUGGUCAUAUGCAAGGGAAACAGGUGAUAGCCGCUGAUGACCAUGCUGCUAAAAUUGCGGCAGCCAGAGACGCCAUUGGCGAUUCUGACUUCUUCCUCAUCGCUCGCACUGAUGCCCGUGCAACCGCAGGCGGUUUAGCUGAAGCCAUUGCGCGGGCUAAUCUCUACAUGGAGGCAGGAGCAGACGCCUGCUUCGUUGAGGCACCGAGGAGUGACGACGAAAUGAGAGAAGUGUGCAAGAAAACCAACGGUUUCAGAGCAGCCAACAUGCUUGAGGGAGGAUACACACCAUUGCACACCCCUCCGGAGCUCAAAGAAAUGGGCUUCCAUCUCAUUGUGCACUCCACCACGGCCGUCUACACUUCUGCUCGCGCUCUAAUCGACGUCCUCAGGGCACUGAAAGACGAGGGGUCGAGCAGAAACCACCUCCGCAAGCUCACCACCUUUGAAGAGUUCAAUGGCUUGAUCGGGCUCAAAACUCUCAAUGAGAUCGGAGCCCGGUUUGAAAAAUUCUCAGUUCCCAAAAACUAAAGCAUAAUCAUGUGGCAAAAGACGAUUGCGCUGACUAAAGCACAAUAAUGCCUCCAUGGGGAAAGGUUAAAUAAAGUCCUUAUGUGUUUGGUUAAAUAAGGUUAUCUAUUUUUUGUAUUUGUUUAUCUUGUAAUUCUAGAGUUGGUUCAUGUUUACAUGCAUCAGCCAGUUGUAGGGUGGAUUCUUGCAGUUCAAUGGUUCUUAUGAAUGAACAAGAUGAGAUUCAGUAGUCUCAUUUUGUUGUCAUGAAUGCUUCUUAUGAAUGACCAAGAUGAGAAAACUUAAAACCAAUUUCUAAAGCAAUGAGAAAAUCUUGUUCACAUCCAAACUAAAGGAAAAAAAAAAAAAAG